AAUAAAUAGUCUGGUGGAGCAACAUUGGGUUUGUUAAAAACCUCCAAUCGUCGCUCAACGGAAACAUAAAGCCAUCCUUGAGCGCUGAUUAGUGUCAGAGACUCAGAGUCGUAGCUGUCGAGGCCCGAUAAAGCUUCCCCGUCUAGUUUUCAAUGGCUACUAUACCCGUUAACCCUAAGCCUUUUCUGAACAACUUGACUGGCAAGACUGUAAUUGUGAAACUGAAGUGGGGAAUGGAAUACAAAGGUUUUCUUGCUUCCGUGGAUUCGUACAUGAAUUUACAGUUAGGCAAUGCUGAAGAAUAUGUUGAUGGGGAAUUGACAGGGAACCUAGGAGAGAUUUUGAUCAGAUGCAACAAUGUUCUUUAUCUUCGUGGUGUUCCAGAAGAUGAGGAGAUUGAAGAUGCUGACCGCGACUAAAGAACUCGACUUUCGCUACUGUUCAGUGGCAUUUGAUUAUUACGCUUGCUCUUUGUUGCUAGUUUUUUGGACUUGUAUUGUACUUUAGUGGAGCGGUAUGCCAUGAGACUUGGCUUAUAGUGUCCCAUGUCAUCUAUUGAGCAAACCUGAGUUAAAACAAAUCUUUUCCAUUGCAAAUCUCAUAUGAUUUUGCUUCUAAA